ACACAUACAAUUAUGAUUUCUAUGAUGAGUUCUUGCUUCUCCGUUUUGCAUGCUCCUGUAUUGAUACAGCGGUCUCGGGCGCAUUCUGUUCAUCCCUUUCUUGUUUCUCUAGGACCUUGGUCAGACAGAGUUGUGGCGUUGUGUUGUUUCUUGCCAUGAGCCGGCGAGAAAGGGGGUUCACCACGGUAGAUCCCUUCUCCCUUCGAAGACACAGUGUCAUACCUGCUCAUCACCAGUCUUGAUACUCUGCCGCCAUUUCAAGCCUGGUCCUCAUGUUCCUAUGUGUUCCUCUCUACCCUCUCCUCAUCCCACUCAUUUCUUUCUCCGUCGGCACCAGGUCACCCAGUAUCCUGGUCCUUCAGCCUAUUCAACUUCUUACACACCUAUGUACACAAUAUCCACUAAUACCAACAUCAGAAGGAAUUCCAGUCGACUUUGGAACAAGGAAGGGUAAAGUUCGAAAAGAAUCGACGAGAAAGUCCAUCUCUAACCUGAGACCUCCAAAAAAUAUGGCUUCUAUUUCGAAGAUCGCUUUACUACUUCUUGCACGUCUCGAAGAAUGUCGAUGCGAAGCCGGCAAGGUUCUCCAGGCACAUUUUCUCGUCCCCUGAUCAAAGUAGACUUCUAUCGUCAGGCACAUGAACGUCGGAAAAGAUAGGUGUGGUACUUACU